AUGGUGUUGGAAGAAGGGGAAGGGUCCACAAGCAAAGGAGUCCACAGUGGGCUUGUGUUGUUCAGAAGGGAGUAUAUGGCUAAACGAGGUGAGAAGUGUAAAAACGCAAGAGAAGAAAAAAUUGAAGUGGGGAAGGCAUGGAGGGCCCUGAGUGAAGAAGAGAAAGAUAGGUAUAAUGAGAGGGCAAGGAAAACGAAGCCACAGAAAGGUGAGAAGAAGAAGUAUGAUGUUCCCUUGUACACCCGGUGCUCAUUGCCCGGAUUUCUAUCAUUGGCUGAAUAUGUGAAGAAGAACAGGCGGUUGAGGCAGAAAGUUCAGAGGAUGGGAUUUGGGAACUUGCUUAAUGUGAAUGUGAAGCAACUUCCACGUGAUCUACUUGUGUCAUUGUUGAGAUGCUAUGACCCACCAACGCAUUUUUUGACCAUUAGAGGGCAAGGGCAGGCAAUUGAGGCAAAAGAUGCGCAUGAGUUUCUAGGUGUACCUGACAGUGGGGAGGAAGUGAAAUCUGAUGUUAGUGAGGAUGACCCGGAAUACAAGAGGUUGAAGGACACUUAUUGGAAGCACAACUGUACAUAUACGUUUGUUGAAAGUGAUGCGUCACACGAUGAAUGGGUUUGGAAAUAUGAUUGGUCAACGUACAUAAUCAAGAACCUGUGGAAGGAAAUGGGAGACUUUGUGAAGAUGACAAAGAAGAAGAAGAAAGGAACCUGCAAUGUUGGAGGGUGUCUUUAUUUGCUGCUGCUGUAUUUUGUUGAGCGUUUCCCGCUGGGAUUGUCUGUUGACCGGGGUUCAACAAGCGCCAUUGAAUAUUGGACCGAGGAGAAGAUAAAGGAGAGGGUGGAGAAAGAGAGAGGCAGCAGCAUGGGAAUAUUGCAUGGAAGCAGUGGCAGCGAGGCAUUGAAGGAGUUGAGGGCUCGUUUUGUGAAGAAGCUUGAAGAAAGCCAGAGGACGUUAAUGAAGGCUCUUGAUGAUGAGCUACUCAAAUUGCAGAUUGGAUUGAACGCCAAAGUUAAGGGGAUGGGGAAUGAGAAUGCCACUGCUAAAGAAGGGGUUGAAACAGUUGGUGAUGCAGCUGGUAACGAUGCUGAAGAAGCUGAUGAUGUUGACCGAGUGGUGGAGGAGAUUGCAAGAGAGGUUGCAGCGGGAAGUGCAGAUGAGGAACUUGAUGAGGAUGAAACCAGCAAAGGAGAUGAUGAGAAGGAUGAGGAUGAGGAACAACAUGACCUUCAUGACAGGGAAGUCAGUGAUGAUUACAUGGUUGAGGAGGUGGAAGAAGAGGGUGACCGUGAUGGUCAUGGAGAUGAUGAUAAGGAGGUUCGGGAUUCAGAUGAUGAGGGGGAGGAAGCUACACAUGUACUGACAAUGACCCCUACCAAUGUUCCUUUGCUGUUGGAUCGAGAAUGGGUGAGCAGUGACAGUGGGGAGGAAGGAGGGCCUGAAAAAUCGAUUGACCUUCGGAGGUCAACAAGGGCAAAGAGUUCCACAAUUAAAUCUCCGUGGAUAGAAUUCAAGGCAGCUCCGAGGACGAAGAGGCCAAAGGAGGAAAGUGACAUCUUUUUCACUUUAAUAUCCCGUAGACCCAAGGGAGAGGAAGAGGGGAAUAUGUAA